AUGACUUUCCUUUCUACAAUUCAGUCCAUUGUGUGGUGUUUGUCGAUGCUCUUCAAGGAAGAAAGAGAAGCCUAUAAUAUCAGCAACGAAGAAGCCAAAAAGCUUGCCAAAAGCCAAACUGGUGUUUUGCUUAUUAAGCUAUCAGAGGGUCAAAAAAUGCCCCACCCCUGCAAGAACAGUACUGAUAAAUUGGUGUACAAUAUUGAUGCUGCAUUACCUGAUAUCCACGUCCAAAAUACUGGGUUGCUUACUGCCUUGACAGCAAAGAAGUUUCCCUUCCUUGGAGAAGUUGGGCUCAGCGCCACCCUUGUGAAGCUGGAUGCCAAUGCCAUGUCCUCACCGGUAUACGCGGCAGAUUCGUCGGUUCAAGUAAUUUAUGUUGCAAAAGGGAGUGGAAGGAUUCAAGUUGUUGGCAUCAAUGGUGAACGUGCCUUGGACACGAAAGUGAAGGCUGGCCACUUGUAUGUUGUGCCAAGGUUCUUUGUGGCCUCUACCAUUGCAGACGGUGAAGGAAUGGAGUACUUCUCAUUGAUAACAGCUACACAACCUGUAUUUGGCGAAUUUACUGGGAAAACAUCAGUAUGGGGAGCAUUAUCUCCACAAGUUUUACAGGCCUCGCUCAAUGUGGGUCCAGAGUUUGAGCAGCUUUUCAGGGCAAAGAUAAAAAAGAGCACCAUUCUUGUUCCUCCACAGAACUAGAUUGAUUAAUAACCAAGGGCCCUUAUGAUGUAUCAUCAUUUGUUUUCAGGAGUUACAGGGCUAUCAAAAUACAAUAAUUGUACUCCUAAGUAUUUCUUUUAUAUGUGUAUCCUUGAGAUGGAAAAUGUUGUACAACUAUUAAUUAUAUGGCAAUAAAUUAGGUUAUGAACCUUAGUGUACUCAUUCUGAGUGCAUAUAUAUUUGUCUA